AUGGAGGACUGUGCACCUAAGUGGAAAGAAAUAGAGCAAGCUGUGAAAAAAGCAAGGGCUUCAUCAUCUCCAGGGCCUAAUGGAGUUCCGUACAGAGUGUACAAGAGUGCUUCAGGAGUUCUACGAAUUCUGUGGAAAUUGAUGAAAGUGGCAUGGGAAAAACAGGUUGUACCAAGAGCAUGGCGCCGAGCAGGUGGAGUCUUUAUACCUAAAGAAAAAGAUUCUACAAGCAUCAGUCAGUUUCGUUCCAUUUCCCUAUUAAACGUAGAAGGCAAGAUUUUCUUCAGCAUUAUUGCUCAGAGAUUGUCAGCUUACCUAUUAAAGAACUGCUUCAUUGACACUUCAAUACAAAAAGCGGGCAUUCCAGGUUUCCCAGGUUGCUUAGAACACAUCAAUGUGAUCUGGCAACAAAUUCAAUCAGCAAAAAAGGAGAGGAAGGAGCUCCAUGUGACAUUCCUGGAUUUGGCUAAUGCAUAUGGUUCAGUGCCACAUGAACUACUUUGGAGCAGGAUCAGUUUCCUCAUCAGGUCAACAUAUGAUGUUCUCCCAUCACCACAGAACCUAAACCUCUGGGUAGGAGAGGAUCCCUCAUGUCCUUUGUGUUCAUCACCUGCAACAUUAAGGCACAUUUUGACAGGAUGUAAGGUGGCUCUUAGCCAAGGACGGUUUACUUGGCGCCAUGACCAGGUGCUGCGAUGUUUGGCCUUAGCAUUGGAAGACAAGCGUAACAUGACCAAUAAGUUGCCACCUGUUCCAUCAAAACAUUACACACAAAAGACAACAUUCCUCCGCCCAGGAGAGCAACCACCAAGAAAAGGUGUUAAAACCAAUCCUCGCCCAGGACAACUGGAAGCUGCUAGAGACUGGAAUAUGCUGGCAGAUGUUGGUCAACGGCUUAUUUUUCCACCUGAGAUUGCCACCACUAACCUUCGACCAGAUAUUGUCUUGUGGUCUGGAUCAGCACGCCUUGUUCACCUGGUAGAGUUAACAGUGCCAUGGGAGGAUGCUGUAGAUGAGGCGUAUGAGAGGAAGAAACUGCGGUAUGCUCAACUAGCCACUGAAGCGGAACAGCGAGGAUGGAGAGUUCGGGUUUACCCAGUGGAAGUGGGUUGUCGAGGAUUUGUGGCACACUCUACAACCCGGUUUCUCAGAGACGUCGGAUUCAGUGGCCAAGAGUUGCGUCGCACAGUGAAGAACUUAUCUGAAGCAGCAGAGAGGAGCAGCAACUGGCUGUGGUUGAGACGGAAAGAUUCUGGCUGGGGACAGGUAAGUAAUGAGGAAGGAGCCCUCACCCCAGGAGGCUGCUAUCGAUAG